AUGUCGUCUUUUCAAUAUUCAGCUCUCGACUCUGAGAAAAUUCGGUUCUUGGCACUGCAUCCUGGAGCUCCUCAAGAUCCCCUUGCUGGUACUCUAUUUAUCGAUGAUCUCGAUCAAGACUGGGAACUGCCUUAUUAUGAGGCAUUAUCAUACUGCUGGGGAGAUCAGUCAUCGCCAGACACUAUCAUUCUGAAAGAGCAAAUUUGGUCUGAUGGGGGAGGCAAUCUUGACAUUGGGCGAAAUUUAGCGUCAGCUCUUCGACAACUUCGCCAUUCCAAAGAAGAAAGAAUCAUCUGGUGCGAUGCCAUCUGUAUCAAUCAACAGGAUCUUGCCGAGCGUUCUUCACAAGGUUAUAAUAUGGCUUGGCCCCGAAACCUCUUGGAGUACUGUCGCCAUGGAUACUCUUCGCUGGACACAGAAGACCCUCUCUUCCGUGGCUCUGAUGGCUCCCUUCCGCUGAGCAGAGAACAAUGGACAGCGAUAGAGCAUCUACUUGACUUGGACUGGCAUAAACGCCUAUGGACUUACCAAGAAGUAGGCCUGGCAGACCAGGAGACUUGUGCUGUAAGGCUCGGCUGUGAGGAAAUGCUAUGGACCGUUUUUAAGGACCGUCUCCAGUUUGUGUCUACGUUCAAACAGGGAGAGCCUUCCUUAAGAUCUGAUCCUGUUACAUACAGCUUAAAUGUGGCUACAUUUACCAUAAAGGCCAACGCAAACUUGAUGAGUAUCGCUGCCGGAGGUUUGAUGUUACCAGUUUUGUCAGCUUCGCUUUUCGAAUGCUCUGAUGCCCGUGAUAGGGUAUUUGCCUGCCUCGGUUUCGUAGAACCUGAAGUAGUACAGGCCAUCGAAGUUGAUUACACCAAGUCUGCCAAACAGGUUUUCACUUCAGUGUGUCUUGAUAGCCUUGUCCGACAUCAGUCGCUCGAGUUUCUGGGUUACUGCAAAGCACCUACUAGCCCUACCUGGGUACCUGAUUUGGAGAAAGCCUUCGGCACGCCCUUUUUUGAUGGUAAUGUGGCGCCAAGGUCAAUUCCUGAAGCAAGCCUUGUUGAACCUGGUGUGUUAGAAGUAGCAGGGGUUCUGUGCGAUGAGUUAGUAGGAAUUCCCCGGCCGCUGCCCGCCAAGUCUCUGAUACAGUCACCUGUUGAGUAUCUGCAAGGCGUUGCUGAUGCAGUGAAGAGACUUAGCAGAAGCGAUUUACUCCAUAACGAUACGCACUUCAAUCAAUUGAUUAUGGCAGUGACGUAUGGACGUGUUCAAGAUCAUUACAUUGAGAAAUUGGGUCCCCUGAGCGGAAGUCUUGUGCCAUCCCUCGAAGAUUGGAGGAACAGAAUACGAGUACUGAUAGAUGGUGACUUGAGCGACGGUGAUGGUACAGAGCAGCGAGAAAUCGAUGAAAGAUUCAUGCGUUCUGUACCCGGUGGAUCUGCAUCUCGGUGCGUUAAGACUCGGAAAGGAACUUUCGUAAGGGUUCCACAAGGGAGUAUCGAAGGUGACUUGGUGGCCGUCAUCCUUGGUCUAGAACAACCACUGGUUCUACGCCCGGGGACCAGAUCAGGCACAUACUCUGUUAUAGGCACAUGCUACCACCCGGAACUUGCCAACGGGUCAGCACUACUGGGCAACGACUUGGGUGACUGGGAGGGUCUAUGGGAUCGGACGUCUUUCCAGGCUGCUUUCUGCAAGGAGGGAUUUCCAGUGCGUUAUACUGACCCACGACUCGAUGGGAUUCCUCUUGAUGAUGGUUUUCACGAAAGAAGUAGGGUAGUUCGAGGUUGUAGUACUCCAGUCUGGGUGCAUGAAGAUAACGAAGGCGAAUAUCAGGCCAAUGAUCCUCGUAUGUCGGAGGAAGCAUUAAUGAAGAGGGGUGUGCCGGUGAAGAGGCUGAAGUUGAUUUGA